CUCCUCGUAAUAAUAACCUCCUCAGCUGAGCUGAUCAUCUCCUCCUAAGUCACUAUAAUAUAAUCUUCUUUUUUUCUCCGGCCGCCGGCGACUCGAUUAUAUUCCGAGCAAUGGCUGCAACGGUUCUUUCGAACGGAACCCGUUAUGCCACCCUCCCCCACAGCUAUGUCCACCCCCUCUCACAAAGGCCACAGCUGUCGGCCGUCGACACCUGCGACGAUAUUCCGGUCAUCGAUUUGGGCUGCGGAGACAGAAACCUCCUCGUCCGGCAAAUCGGAGAUGCCUGCCGCCUUUAUGGAUUUUUUCAGAUAAUAAAUCACGGGGUUCCAAAAAGAGUGGUUGAGGAAAUGCUAGAGGUAUCACAUGAGUUCUUCAAUUUAUCAGUGGAGGAGAAGAUGAAGCUCUACUCCGACGAUCCAUCGAGGACCAUGAGGCUUUCCACCAGCUUCAACAUCACAAAAGAGACUGUCCACAACUGGAGGGAUUAUCUCAGGCUUCAUUGUUAUCCCCUUGAGAAAUAUGCCCCUGAAUGGCCUUCAAAUCCUUCUUCUUUCAAAGAAGUGGUGAAGACCUAUGUAACAAUGGUUCGACAAGUUGGAUUGAGAAUAGAGGAAGCCAUAUCUGAGAGUCUAGGCCUUGACUCAAAAUGCAUCAAGAACAUUUUGGGUGAACAGGGUCAACACAUGGCGGUUAACUACUACCCGCCAUGCCCCCAACCCGAACUGACCUACGGGUUACCGGCUCACACCGACCCGAAUACCCUAACCAUUCUUCUUCAAGAUUCCCAUGUUGCCGGACUCCAGGUCCUCAAAGAAGGAAAAUGGUUGACCAUCAAGCCCCGCCCAGAUGCCUUCGUCGUCAACAUUGGUGAUCAACUUCAGGCACUUAGUAAUGGCAAGUACAAGAGUGUGUGGCAUAGAGCUAUCGUGAACAGUGACAGAGCAAGAGUGUCGGUGGCUUCGUUCCUGUGCCCAGAAAACGAGGCCGUGAUCAGCGCCCCGGAAUCGCUCACCCAAGACGGUUCUACGGCUGUUUAUCGGAAGUUUACCUAUCAAGAGUAUUACAGCAAGUUCUGGAGCGGUGCCCUAAAACAACAGCACGGUUUGGAGCUCUUCAAGAACUAGCUAGCUAAUUAAGCUAGCUUCUACGUAUCUUAACAGCUCUUUCAUAAAAAUGCAAGCAUGGAUAUUACUAUAUAUGCGUUUUGGGCUUUAUUAUGCAUGUAAAAUAGUUUGAAUGAAGGUACAGUUGUGUUAUGUACUCUUUGUUUCAAAAGGUAUUUACCUGCCAUAUAUACUUUGUAAUGAUCAAACUACAUACGAUAGUGUACACUAAGGAGUGCAUAAUAAAUUUGAAGAGUGUAAUCAGAAUGAAAUAUAUACUUCGAUUUUCAAUCUCGAUCAAUAGGGUUGAUGAAAUCCUCUUCAAUGAGGAACCAGAAUCAUUUAUUUUCAUUUUAUCAUCACAAUAUUACU